CCAGCGCGCCACCGCUCCCUCUCCCCCGCCCAAGCCCGCCGUGCGAAGCUGUUUUCUGACAUUCGGUGGCCGCGCUCUUACACUGUAGAGGCUAUAUGCGCUAUUCCUCACCCAGUCCCCACUCACUGUCUCGCAGCCUCCGCUUGCAUGACCCACCUGCUGACCGGGUCUCAGGACGGAUAUGUUCGCGACUACGAUAUCUUUGCCGCCGUUAACGGCAAGGUUUUCCUCACAGCGCCACAGCGCCACCAUUGUGGUGUGAUGGAGGGCCUCAUGAAGGGAGGGCAAAUCAGGUGCUGGUGGGAGAACCCGCUUGAAGUACCCAUCCCUGGGGCGGAGGACGUCUCUUUGUCUCCGGUCUAUAGCCUGGCAAUGCACUCGGAUGCCCUCUGGGCCCUUGCCGGCUCUGACCAAGGGAAUGUCAACCUAUAUACUGUCCGGCAUGACCCCGGCAGGUUGAUCCACAUCAUGAAGGGUCACCGUGGUUCCGUGUCAGGCCUUGCCUUGCAGCACGACGAGAUGGGCUACUUCAGCGCUGGCUGGGAUGGCGAUGCUAUACAAUGGGAUCUCAACACCGGUCAGAUGGUGAGGAAGUUCACAGCGCAUGGGUCGCAGCUCACCUCGAUUGGCGUACGACCGCUCCAGGCCCCAAACGCCCAGCAUGUCCAGCCACAGCUCUAUCCCAUGCCAAAUGCACAGGACGACGAUAUUAAGUCUGAAACAUCUUACGACCCGCUUUUCGACGAGCCAGACGCUGACGGUGAGCCGGACGCCGACGAUAACCCGCCGCCUACCAUUCUGCAUCAUGCCGUCGCUCCAAAGGGCGCGCCGCCGGUCCUGGACCCUCUAACAUACAUGACAUUCUCGCCGGACGUGAUCAUGACAGCGUCCAUCGACGGGCAGAUCAUCCUCUGGGAUGUGCGUGUGCACGCGCAAGGCACGGGCGUUGGCCGCCUGUGGAUGAGCGAAAAGACGCCGCCGUGGUGCAUGUCGGCGUGCUGGUCUGCGGACGGCGCGCAGAUCUACGCGGGUCGCCGUAACGGCACAGUCGAGAUCUACGACGUGCGGCAGACGGGGCGUGCGGCGUCUGGGACGCCGAAGAUCCUUAAGACACUGCGGAAUCCUGUCAGCUCGGGCGUCGUCUCGUGUGUCGUCGCGUUCCCCGAUGGGCGGCAUCUUGCGUGCGCUUCACACGACAAUAUCCGGUUGUGGAACGUCGCGGAAGCGGGCGAACCGGAAGUGUCGGGUAGAAUCAAGAGCGGGGUCCAGUUCAAGAUCAUCCCUGGGCACCAUGGAGGAUUUAUAUCCCAAAUGCUCGUCGACCCUGCCGCAAGGUUUCUGGUCACUGCAAGCAGUAACCGAGGGUGGCACGGUGAAUCCACACGGACAAUAUUUGUACAUGAAGUCAAGCAUUUGAGAUGA